UCAGGUUUCCGCCGAGAGGAAGGGAAUGGCUCAAGCGGAAGUAGUGUGAGGCUCGUAGGCGGAGGGGAGCGCAGCUAUGUCUGCGGCCCUGUUGCGGCGGGGCCUGGAGCUGCUAGCGGAGUCCGAGGCCCCCCGGGCCGCGCCAGGCCAGGCCAAGCCGAGCAGGGCUCCGGGGAAGCGGACCCAGAAGGCGAAGGCGACACGGGCCCAGAAACUGCGGAAUUCGGCCAAGGGAAAAGUGCCCAAGUCGGCUCUAGCUGAGUACCAGAAGCGAGAGUGUCGAGACCACCUCAGAGAAAACGUGAAGUUUAUGACCAGUGGGAGAAGCACGGUGGCUGAGUCCGUGACCCAGCAGAUUCUGCGCCAGAACCGGGGUCGCAAGGCCUGUGACCGGCCUGUGGCCAAGACUAAGAAGAAGAAGAAGGCCGAGGGCACCGUGUUCACCGAGGAAGACUUCCAGAAGUUCCAGCAGGAAUACUUCGGCAGCUAGGCUCCCUGGAGUGCGCAGAGCAAGGGCCCAGCCGCCUGCGCCCCGGCUGCCGCUGCGUGCGCGGCCCCCGCGUGCCAUGCGCCACAAGGCCAGCAGAGGGCGGUGCGGGGCCGGCCUGGCUCGAGGAGGCCCUGGAGCUGGAGCCGGGUGGAGGCUGGAGUGGAGCUGGCGAGGGGGAAGUCCUGGGGAGGAUUUCCACUCAGACCGGAGCGGACUUGUGCAGGCUUUGGGGGAGCCAUCUGCACCUGCCAGAACGGAACGUUUCUGACUGUUUUGUUUGCUUUUGCCCAGGUAGGGCCUCAGGGCUGUUUGCUGUGGAGCAAGGCCAGUCACUGGGCCCUCGGGGGCCACACCUCCAGAAGCAGGAAGAAGGCUUCUUAGUAGCUUCCAGGUCCUAAUAAAUGUGGACCCAGGAGCUGUGUGUGUGCUGCUGAUCUGACUUACGGGGUGUCUCCAUCUCCUCUUGCCCCAGGGGCCACCCUCCCGGCCUCCGUCUCCCAGCCCAGGUCUCAGAGCUCUGGGCAGAAGUCCUCCAGCCCCAGCAGGUGGCCAUCCACGCAGCUGUCCACCCAGCCUCUGCUGACAUGCCCCAAAGAUACCUUCCUCUCCCAUGGGUGGCAGCCACAGCUGAGAAGGUGGCCCGUGAAGCAAAAUUAGCCCUGAGGGCUUUGUCCCAGGGAAGCAGACCCCAAGGUCAGGGGCCAGUGGGGGUGGUACUGCUUCAGCCCUCCCCUGGGGAGCAUGGGG